UUAUUUCCUUCAUAUUUCGGUGUUUCUCUCUUUAGAUCACCGGAAAUAUCGGAAGAGCCAUUAGCCUCCAAAUUUGUGAUCGCCGGAAGCUCAAAAAAGGGGGAAAAUGAAGUUUCUCCUUUUCUUCUUACUUCUCUCUCUUUCUUCUCCAGCUUUAUUUCACCUUGCACUGGCUCGAGGUGCCUCCAACAUCUCCAUUUCGCCAGUGGAUUUCGAUAGUCAUGCAUAUGGCGGUUCUGCUAGAGUUUUACUCGAGGACAAUAAAUCUGAAGGAAGCAUCAUGCAAGGUUAUAUGACCAAUAAAGACCUUGAGGAGGCCAUUAAAGCUUUUGGUAAAAAAUGUAGUCAAAUUUCUAGGAUAUAUAGUAUUGGAGACAGCGUGCAAGGGUUUCCACUGUGGGUAAUGGAAAUCUCUGACAAGCCAGGCCAAGAAGAAGCCAAACCUGCAUUUAAGUACAUAGGAAAUGUACAUGGAGAUGAACCUGUUGGCAGGGAGCUUCUUUUGCAAUUUGCUAACUGGAUCUGUGAUAAUUACCUCAAGGAUCCGUUGGCUACAUUGAUUGUGGAGAAUGUUCAUCUUCAUAUACUUCCAUCCAUGAAUCCUGAUGGGUUUUCUCUUAGGAGACGCAAUAAUGCAAACAAUGUUGAUCUAAACAGAGAUUUCCCCGAUCAGUUCUUUGUCAUCAAUGAUGAUGAAUAUGAUAGACAACCUGAAACAAAAGCAAUUAUGAAGUGGAUGAGAGAGAUACAUUUCACUGCCUCUGCCAGUUUGCAUGGGGGUGCACUUGUUGCAAAUUACCCAUGGGAUGGCACUGCAGAUAAAAGGAAAGAUUACUAUGCAUGUCCUGAUGAUGAAACAUUCCGAUUCAUGGCUAGUAUCUAUAGUCGCUCACAUCAUAACAUGUCUUUUAGCCAAGAAUUUCAAGGAGGAAUUACAAAUGGAGCUGCAUGGUACCCCAUAUAUGGUGGCAUGCAGGACUGGAACUACAUACACGGUGGCUGUUUUGAGUUGACUUUAGAGAUUACAGACAACAAAUGGCCUCCUGCUGAUGAGCUUCCUACGAUUUUUGAGUAUAACAAAUUGAGCAUGCUAAAGCUUGUUGCAAGCCUUGUUCAGACAGGAAUACAUGGAAGAAUUUUUUCAUCAGAUAGUGGGACACCGCUACCUGCAACCAUUACACUCAAAGGAAUAGAUUAUUUGGUUAAAGCUAGUCAAAAGUUUGCCGACUACCACCGGUUAGCCGCACCAAGACAGAAAUAUGAAGUAACUGCAUCGAUGCCUGGGUACAAGUCGAAGGAUACAAGCAUCUGGCUGGAAGAAGGAGCAAUGUCUGUGGACUUUGUUCUUGAUCCAGACACAACAGCCAAAGGAAAAGUAAUACAAAACUGUGAUUGCAACUGUGGCAAUAGGCUGGACUUUGUGGGCUAUAUUUGGAGACACUACUUUGAGGCGUAUAUUUUCUUGGCGGUUGUUUUGGUAUUUAUUUGCUUUUUAUUUCAGAGGAGAAUGAAAUCUAGACUUUCCAAGCAAAGAUUGGUUGCAUUACCUAAGAGGACUGUGGUCUAAACAACCCCUUCCUAUUUUAUUUCCAGUUACUUUUCAUUACUGGAGAAAUGAUAUCACAUAAUUGUAGCGUAACAGUUUUUUAGGUACUUCCCUAAGGGAAAAAAAAAAGAAGAAGAAAGGGAGAAUGGAUCUUUGGUUAAUGUUGAUUGUCAAAAUUUCUGAGUCAGAAUAAAUUUUGAUUCUGUACCGUUCUAACUUUA